CUAUCCUGUCUUCCGCUCGUGCAGGCAACUAAAAUGGCGGAGCUGUCACUGAAAGAGCCCAGAAGGAAAGUGGAAAGGUUGUAAGGAAUUGCAUUGAGUUAAUUAAUAGGUGUGCGAUAUCAGAUAGGGGUUUCAAUGUGUUUUUAGGGGAGACUUGUGCCGAUGACGUUCGUAUAUCUUUUAAAAUAUCAGCUCUGUGUCGUCUGCUGUCUGUCCGUAUUUUAAAUUACGAAUCAACAGUGUCUGGUGUCAGUAUAAGUUGGACGAUUCUGCUAUCGGCGAAAAUUUGGAUUAAAUUGAAACCACUACGGAAUUAUCGUCUUUUUGUCAGUGAUUUUUUAAAAAUAUUAGACCGAAUAAUGAGCUCCAAAAAUGUCUGAUUUCAUUCUUAUUCCUAAUUAAAUUGUUGUAAAUAAUUGCUGCGUGUUUUUUUUUUGGUUUUUUUGUAAAAGAAAGAAAAUCAUCUACACAUUAUUCACAAUUGCCGUUUCAACAUCAGUUUUUGUUCGUUAAUUAUUUUGAAUAGAUUAAGGGGUUUUGAUUUGACUUCUUACCGGAGAGUAAUGUCCCACAUUGUGUAGAGUUGUGUGCGUUAUUUGUAUUUAUAUAUAUAUUUUAUAAAGAAAAUACAAAACGGUGAAAUAUAGAGGUGGAAAAAUAAAUUUAAUACAAUUGAAAAUAAAUUAAGAUUUUCUUGUUCUCCAAGUUUUUGGAAGAAUACAGAUGUGUUGUAUCUUUGAGUGUCGACUGGCGGACUCACGGAUUUUAUUUGGGAGUGAAGGAGGAUACGGGAUCAGGGAACCGAGUGACCAUCUAUCAUGGAUUGUUGUACUAAGAAGCGUUUUUUAACGGUCAUGACGAGUUUUUGUGCCGGAGCAGCAUUCGGGUUACUCGCUAUAGCUGUGGGAACAGACUAUUGGUUAUAUACUAAAGAACAAACAAUAGAAUCUGAACAAAAUAAAACUGUAGUUUAUAGAAGUGUUUAUUCUGGUCUGUGGAGAACUUGUGAAGACCAAGACAGAGAUGCUAUUUACCCUACUUGUAGAUAUAUACAAUAUUUUACUGUUAAUGAUGAAAGAGAUGGUAUGAAACCAACAGAUACUAUACUAUUAAAUAUACGACGAGCCACUAUGUUCCCUUUAGUUAGUUUACUUAUUUUACUUAUUGGAGGCAUCCUCUGUUUUGUUAGCCAUUGUAAACCAAAUGGUGGAAGAAAAAUUUUAACAUUUGUUUGUGGAAUUUUAUUCGUUUUAGCGGGUUUGUGUACAUUGGUUGGAAUAAUAUUGUAUAUUGGCAGCAUAACAGAAGAAGUCGGAAAUAAACCUCGUGCAUCAAUAGAGAAACCAAAGUUUAUAUAUCAUUACGGUCCAUCGUUUAUGAUGGCGGUCGGAUCGUUUAUUUUGACUGAACUAUCGGGUGUGUUCUCAGUGUAUUUGUAUAUAACCAAGCACAAGCAAGCCAGGAGAAAGAAAAUGCAACAAGCUUUAAAACACGAGGGUAAUGAUCGCGCUAAUAACUGGAGACAGAGGCGACCACGUGCUGAACAACCUUCACGUGAACGUUCUCAAUCACGUGAUCGAUCUAGAGACCCUUCCAUGAGUCGUUCCGAAAGUUAUUUUACAUAUACGCCCAUAUCAGACACUUCGCACGAAUUAUCAAAUUAUAAUUUUCAGCGAGAUGCAUCUAGAAACACAAUCGCAACAACCGCUGAAAUGCACGUGCAAAAGGAUACUGUAGCGCCACCAUCUAUAGAUAUUGUACGACGAACGACUCCAGUAUGAGAGAGAAAUCGAACAGUGUAAAUUAUUCUGGAUUAUCUGUGUAUAUUUGUUGGAAUCAGGUCGAGGAGUCACCUCCCCUGUAUGUAAAUUGUAUGUGGUGCAUGUGUAGAGGAUAUAAUAGUUCCACCAAUUGUAUGUGUGAGGGUGAAUCACGUGAUCGAUUUUUGCCAACAAAUGGCGCCAAAAUGUAGUAGUGUGUUUAAAGUGCUAGAUCUAGAUCUAGAUCCAAAGAUAACAAAAUGCGAGUACAGCACGGCGCAGGACCGGACGUAGCCACGAAGGGUAAGGUAUCUGGGUGACGUCACGUGAACGUGACGUAUGAUAUUGAAGGGUCAAUGAAUACUGGAAUUCAGUAUUUUUAAUUGUUUUAUGAAAAAAUUCCCAACUUUAUAUAAGAUCGCAUUUAUUACACCCAACGGGGUGAAAUGUAUAAUUUAUUUGUUUAUUUAUUUAUUCAUCUAAUUGUUAAAAAAAUUAUAAAAAAUGUUUUUUUUCUCUGUUUCUCUGUUUUCACUCAGUCUGUAUUCUCAUCCUAUCUUUACUACUUGUAAACCCAGUAUCUCAAUAUAU